CGUAAAUCUACUCUGCUUAGCGGCAGUUGUACACAAGAUACACGUGUAUCCAGAGCUUUUGGGAAUUUUAAUUUUCUGUCAAAAUGGCAAAGAGUUUACGCAGCAAAUGGAGGAGGAAAAUGAGGGCAGAAAAGAGAAAGAAAGUUGCCCCUAAAGAGCUGGCACGACUCAAAUCAGCACUGGGUCAGGGAGAGAAAGGAGAAAUCUCCAUGAAAGACGUAGCCGAAAUCGCCACAGUUGUCCCACCUGAGAAAGUCAAGCAGAAGUCAGCAGAUGUAGACAUGCAGGAAGAAGAGGCGGAUGGUGGAAAGAUGGAUUUGGACACUAAACGCAAUAAAAAGACAAUGUUGGAUGAACACGGACGAUACCCCGUCUGGAUGAACCAAAGGCAGGCGAAGAAGCUGAAAGCUAAACGUGUGGGUAAAAAUAGUAAACCUAAACCCAAGAAGAGACUUGCCUGGUAGGUGGACUGACCUGCUUAUGCAUGGACAUUAUUCCUGUGACUGCGGUACAGGGGCCUGUUAAUCUACUUCAUGUACAUUUCGUUCAUUUCACAUGUCUGUGAACUGUUUACGGAGAUUUGAGCAAGAAAUAUCUUUACAUUAUCAGCAAUUCUGAAAUGUAAUGACAGAUCUGUUAUUGACAAGAUACUGGUUGUGAAUUCUUGUUGAAAAUUGCUCUUCAGUUCACUAUGAAAAUAUGGAGCAGAGGGGAAAAAACAAGACUCUUCCAAUACAAUAUAUCGUCUUUUUCUUUCUUUUUUGAUCCAUGUCACACUCAGUGGGUCUGCUUUAUUUUGAAGUUGUGAUGGAUUAUGUAUUUCCUUUGUUGGCCUGUGAGUGUGCAUACAUUUGUUUAUCUUAAUAAAUCCAUUAUAGCUCGUAA